UGUUGUUUGAAACCGGAAGUGCGUUGUGUGGUGGGACACUUUGCUUCCGACACGUGGAUAAUCGAGCUACAAAAACAGGACUUUAAAAAGGACCAAACAUCCAGAGCUGCCUCCAUCUUGCCGACGCCGAGGUAACGACAGGUUCUCAGAUCAGUGGAACAUGGCGAGUAGUAGCGACGAAGACGACUCUGAUGUGGAGAAGAACUUUGCCCUGGUCACUGAGAGAGGAGGACUGGGACAGCGGCACCCGGGAGGGGACGAAGAGGAGGAGGACGAGGAGGACGAAUCUGAUGAGGGAGAGGAAGAAGAGGAAGACGGUGAGGAUGAGGAAGACUCUGAUGAUGGUGAAGAGGGAGAAGAAGAAGAAGAAGAUGGAGAUGAGAAACUAGAGGGAGAUGAAGAAGAGGAUGGAAACAGUGAAGCCUCUGAGGAGGAGGACGAGGAGGACGAGGAGGACGACGACGACCCAGAAGAAGCAGCAGGGGGCAGCAGUGAGAUCCAGACUGAAGAAGACAUCAAAAAAGAACUGUCCACCAUGUCCUUUGAGGACAUCAUGAAGCUGCAGAACAAAGUUGGAACCAAAGUUUACAAUGAGUUCGCCUACGGCAGCAAAAAGAGUCGAGAGCCCAACAAGAAGAAACGACUCAACAAGAACAGGCCGAUGGAGGUUUCAGCCAAGAAGCCGGUGCCGUUCCUCCGCCAGGUCGUCCCCGUGAAGAAACCGACCCUGAGGGACCCUCGCUUCGAUGACCUGUCUGGAGAAUACAAGCCGGAGAUCUUUGAGAAGACGUACAAGUUCAUCGACGACAUCAAACGCAAAGAGAAAGAGAUCAUCCAGAAGCAGCUGAAGAGGACGAAGAAGAACAAGAAGAAGAAGGAGAAGCUGGAGUUCCUCCUGAAGAGGAUGGAAAACCAGGAACGAGCGAAGAAGAACAGAGAAGAACAGAGAGAAGGAAUUUGAGUGACAGUAGUUUUAAGUUAGAACGUAUCACAUCAGCACAUCCAACCUUUUUUCUUUCCUCCAGCUGAGAAGAAGAAGCUCCUCUUGGCUGAGAAGUUCCAGGACCUGAAGAAAAGUGGGAAACUGGAGAACUUCCUGAGUAAGAAGAGGAAGAGGAACGCUGGGAAGGAUCGGAGGAAGCUGCCGUCCCAGAAAUCAGCUGCCUGAGGACCAGCAGGACGUCCUCCUCGGGGAUGGGGACGUCUGUAACGAGGCGUCUCAGCCUGCAGGGGGAGCUGUCGUAUCUACAGACAUUCAUGGGUUAAACACUCAAACGCAUCCUGGUGUUUUAAAGUGUUGCUCAGAUGUUGUGAAGUUGAAUUUGUCUCUGCUGCACUGGUUGGUUAAGUUUGUUGUGUAUUUUUUUAUCACCUAGUUUUGUUAAUAAGAAUCAAAUAAAGAAAAGACUGGAAAUGACUUUUUAGCUGUUUUCAAUAAACAGUAAAAUAUG